AUGAGGACGUUAUGGAUCCUGCUGCCCUUCGUUCAUGCCUCGGCAGUCGUGGCCGCAGGCAAUGAUUCUGACGCACUCUUCUGGGGCACGUAUCGUCCGGGGCUCUACUUUGGCCUCCGACCAAAAGUUCCCCAAUCGCUCAUGACUGGGCUCAUGUGGUUUGGAACGCACAACUAUCAAUCCAUUCAAAAGGCUCGUCAUGCAUGCAGUCAGGACGACGGUCUUACGGGAUACUCGUGGAUGGAAUAUGACCCGCGUCAGGGAGGCGUGCAAGUGAUCAAUGACGCGCCGAAUAAUGUCAAAAUUACAACUGAAUUCCUCAAGGUCCCUGGUGGCGACUUCGGUGGAAGCUGGGCGGCGAGAGUGAAAGGUGAACCUCUGAAUCCCGCCAUCCCAUCCCGUGUCUCCCCCAUAUUCUAUAUCGGACUGGAGGGCCUUGGUGGCAUCGACAUGGAGUCAGAGGAACAUGAAAACGGCCUUGAAGGUCCCAUUGUAUUCACAGGCUCUACCCCGGAGCUAGAUGACUUCACCAUUCGCAUUGUAGAAGGUCCGGAGAAUCACCUAAUCGCGGAAGGCCCGCACGCGCACGCUUUUGCGCACAAAGCUGGGAAGUCACAUUAUCUCGGUCUGCAAGUCCCCGCUGGCACCGUCUGGAAAGCUCAGGACCAUAUUAUGGCCCCUCUCAUGAAGUAUGCCAGCGAAGUCGUCGAAGGUUACAAAGACGGAACCAAGGGUUUUCCCGAUGCAGCGUUCAUUUUCCAGCUCCCAGACGAGUCCUAUACCGGUAGCAAUCUAUAUGCGGUGCAGAAGCACUACGACGGACCCUUCCACUUCGACAUUUUUUUCCAAAGCGGAAAACAGAAGUUGACAUCGUCCGUUCUUGACGAAGGGAUACCGGCAUUGUCUACGGCAUAUAACGAACACUUUGAUUCGGUGUUUCCAAUUCCGGCCAACUACCAAAACUCCGACCCCGACUCACUUCGGACUUUCUCAAAGGCCCUCACCUCCAAUCUCAUCGGCGGUGUCGGCUAUUUCUACGGGACUUCAAUCGUUGACCGAGGCUUUGCUUACGAGUGGGACGAAGAUGACAACGAUUCGUCCGAGGCUGCCGGGAAGAAGGGGCCUACACUAGUCCCUCCCAGGAGCUUGCUUACCGCAACCCCAAGCAGAAGCUUCUUCCCCAGAGGAUUUUAUUGGGAUGAAGGUUUCCAUCUCCUCCACAUUGGACACUAUGAUAACGACCUCACUCUGGAAAUUCUCAAGGAUUGGAUCAACCUCAUUGACGACGACGGAUGGGUUGCCCGCGAGCAGAUUCUCGGCGAGGAGGCACGGAGCCGCGUCCCGCCCGAGUUCCAGACCCAGUACCCCACUUACGCCAACCCGCCCACUCUGACGAUGGCGGUCACGGCAUUUAUCAACCGUCUGCGGGCACACCAGCGCAUCCCCGACGCCGAUCUCGGGAUGGAAUACGGCACCGGCUCCCAAGUUCCGUUGUCCACGCAGGAAGGCCCCAAUGCCGGCAGACGAUUCCUAGAGGAACCUGAGCUGGCGCUGGGGUAUCUGCGCGAGAUCUACGGCCCGCUGAAGCGCCAUUACGAAUGGUUCCGACGCACGCAGCGGGGGCAGAUCAAGCAGUACGGCCGCAAGGCUCGCUCGCGUACGGAGGCGUACCGCUGGCGGGGCCGUUCGCAACAACACGUUCUCACCAGCGGCAUGGACGACUACCCCCGUGGGCCGCCGAGUGCGGGUGAGCUCCACCUAGACCUGAUCUCCUGGAUGGCGUUCUUCUCGCAGACGAUGCGAGAUAUUGCCACGUUCAUUGGUGAGAUUGACGACGCGGAUGCAUUCGAAGAGAUCGCGAAGGCGACUAUUGACAAUAUUGAUGACUUGCACUGGAAUGAAGAGGAGCAGAUGUAUUGUGACGCCGGCGUGAAUGACGAAGACGAGUCCUACCAUGUCUGUCACAAGGGUUACCUCUCGCUUUUCCCGUUCCUUUUGUCGGUUUUGCCGCCGGACUCGCCUCACCUCGGCCCCAUCCUCGAGCUCUUGCGUGACCCGGACCAUCUCUGGUCGCCGUAUGGGCUGCGUAGCUUAUCGGCGUCGCACCCCGAGUUUGGCCAGGGCGAGAACUACUGGAAAGGGCCGAUUUGGAUUCAAAUGAAUUAUCUUGCGCUCUCCGCGUUGCACAAGACAUACGCCGCCCAGGAAGGCCCUUUCCAAACGCGUGCGCAACAAAUCUACGACGAGCUCCGCAAGAACGUUAUCGACAACGUACACAAGGAGUACGUCCGAACGGGUUACGUAUGGGAGCAGUACGAUCCCAUCUCUGGUGCCGGAAAGAGAAGCCAUCCGUUCACCGGCUGGACGUCGCUUGUCACGCUCAUCAUCUCGGAGACCUACUGA